AUGAGCGCCUUUGCCUGGUUCACAGAGACAUACAACCCGUUCCCUUCGUUCCACUAUGCAGGAUCACUGCGUCCAGUCUAUCCCCUUUCCCCACGAAGGAUAAUCCCAGAGGGCAUCGCAAAACCGGAAUGGGCCGACACGACCCAAGGUAUUCCUCAUCAAGAGCAGACAAGAGCAGCUCAGACAAUCAAGAUCCUCUCGCCCAAAGAGCAAGAUAUUAUGCGCGAAGUGUGUGGGCUUGGAAGGGAAAUAUUGGAUAUUACUGCCGCUGCUGUCAAGCCUGGUGUGACCACGGACGAACUGGAUGCCAUCUGCCACAAGGCGACGAUUGACAGGAAUGCGUACCCAUCUCCCCUCAACUAUAGGCGUUUCCCGAAGUCUUUGUGCACAUCCGUGAAUGAGGUCAUCUGCCAUGGCAUACCAGACGGUCGAAAGUUGGAGGAGGGUGAUAUCAUCAAUUUGGAUGUAUCGCUGUACUAUAAAGGAUUUCACGCAGACCUCAAUGCCACCUACCCAGUUGGGCAGAUUGAUGAAGACUCUCAGCGCUUGAUACGCACGACGAGAGAGGCGCUGGACGCUGCGAUCGCGAUGUGUAAGCCAGGGGCCUUAUUCAGAGAUAUUGGGAAUACGAUGUGGGUGAUUUCCACUAAACGUACGGGCCCGCCGAUGCCGGCGCGCUAA